AUUUUAAUUUUAAAUUUUAAACGAUCAUCACGAACAGCCAUAGGAAUCUAGGAAAUACUAUCCACUGGCUCCCUCGUACGCCACCGAAAGGUUGGAACUUGGAAACCCAUGGCGAGCCUCCUCAUCUCCAGCGCAACCUCCCUCACACAUUCUCUACCUUCCACGCCUUCACGCGCUUUCUUCAAACCUCCGAAAGUGUCAUACCUGCCUGCGAUUCGCUUUCACAGCUACCCAGCUCGCCGGAGAACCAGAGGCUCAACGGCUGUUACUCGUGCGGGUCUCAGCACCAGUAGCUACGUCUUCGCUUUCGCGCUCCCACUCUCUCUUUUAGCUAUUACCAUCUUCGCCUCCAUCAGAGUCGCUGAUAAGCUCGACAGAGACUUUCUUCAGGAGCUUGCACUCAAUCAAGCAAUCAGAGAAGCUAAUGAGGAGGAGAAGGAGGAUGAUGAUGAUGAUGAUGAUGAUGAUGAUGGAGAGGAAGAGGAUGAUAUUAAAAUUUCCUUGGAAAAGGAACCUGCCCUUCAACGUACUCGAAAUCGGCCAAAAAGGGAGGCCUAGAUGUACUUCUGAAUCUCCACAUGGUAUAAUUUUGUUUUCAGGAUCAACCAGACCAGUUGAUAAGCCAAUUGCUUUUAGUUUCCAUUGAUGUCCACAUUGGUUGAUAACAAUUUUUGAAUGUAUAGUUAUUAGGCUUCAUCUUCCAAAUAGUAGAAUGUAGUAUUCAUCAUUCUAAGAUUUGAGAGUAUAUGAGGUGAAGGAAACUCCUGAUAACAAACGUUACAAUUCGAAAUAAAUAUAAAUCAUUACUAUGUUGUGAGGAA